AUGUUUAAGACAGCUGCAACGGUUUCAUCUGAGGCUCAACGGCGUAUUGCCUCCGUAAACAUGGCUAACCACAUUGCUCAGUCCAAUGGGUACCUAGCAAAGGUCUCUCAUUCAAAUCGGAGCCAUGCAACUGAGCGGCGGUGCCACAUAGUAGAACAAACAAGAAAGAUCCCCUUCUGCCUUCCUUUUAUUUCGGAUGACAUGAGCAAUGCAGUGCGAGCAAGCUUACGACAGGCGGGUCUGCAAGACCCAGUCAGAAUAGUGGACAUACCAUCUGCGAACCUGAAGCAACAGCUAGUCCGCAUUCGUGACUAUGACAGACUUUAUGAGACACCUAACUGCAUCGUUUGUCCGAAUGGGAGGCAGGGUGAUUGCGUGGUAUCGGGGUUAUCUAUCUAA